AUGCCCAGCUACUUCGAAGGGUUUUCGGAUUUCGUACCAGAUGCGACGCAGGGGUUCAACGACGAAUUCGUCCGCUUAGCGGCGUCUCAAAAUCUAGUGAAGGGGACGCCGCAGUUCAACAAAGCGCGCACUGCUGCGGCCAGUCAGUGUAUACGUGACGAGUACUUCACGCCUCAAGGACGCGCCAGAAGAGAGCGGAUACGUAGGCAGCAUGAGUACGAGCGUUUGGAACAAGAGGAGAGAGACAAGGACGCAGUGGAGGAAGAAGAAGUCCAUCGCGACUCCGAGGAUGAUUUGCCUGAGCUGAAUGAAGACGACAACGAGAGUGUGGUGUCACUCGAUGUGGGAUUCUCACAAGUCUUCACCUCCGAUAUACAUGUCAACGACGAGAACAGUGACCAUGACGAGGAUCUGGAGGACGUUGCCGAAUCCGUCAAGGAAGAGGUUGCUCCGGGAAAAGGCAUCAAAGAAGAACCAAUCAUUGAUGAUGUCGCCAUCGAUCUCCUACCUGUGGACGAGAGCGACAAUGAGAGCGUUGUUUCCAUGGACCAAGGGUUGACACAGGUGUUUACAUCCUCCAGUACCACAUGCGCCCAUGAAGAAUGCCCGAAUGACAGCGAGGACGAUCGAGACAAGCAGCGCGGAGUCACAUCUUUGCGCGAGCUGACUAAGGAAGAGCAACUUCUCGGUUGGCAGGCUUUGUGCCGGGAGACAGGAAGGACGAUCGGCAAGACUAUAUGGGAGUGUCGCACUGUCCUUAAGAAGAAACCCUAUGUCAACAUCAUCGACUACAUCGACGCAGCCCGCGUCGGUGCAAAGAUCGAGUUGUUCCAUGACUUUGCUGAGUUCAGUCACUAUACAAUGACAACCCCAGGGAAAUGUAUCCCCCUGAAGGACGCCAAGGAAGAUGAACUGUUAUCAGCCUUGUUACAGAAAGUGAACAGAAGUGUGGAGGGUCCCAAGGACUAUAAGCAUGGAAAGAGCUUUAGGCAACACCAUCCGAGCAUACGGAAGGAAUGGAGACGAACUGAAACAUAUGGAGCGAAUGGGAGAGGAUCUGAGCAUUCGCGGACGCAUGAAAGAUCACGGAACGCGAGAGUGAGGCCGUACUGA